UUGCACCCCCAAACCCUAGUCAAGCAGGAACAAUCAAUCUUCCCUACUCUCUCCCUCUCCGUAGAUCUCACUGUGCUUGGCAUUUUCCAUUGAUGUUGAUUCCCAGUGCUGUACGGUGUCAUUUUCGCAAUUUGUAUGGUAUAUAGAUAUAGAUCGGUGAUUUCACGCCGUAUCAUUAUUGUUUUGCUUGCAUGAUUCACGGAAAUGGCAUCAGCUUGCGUAAACCAUAUAGGGAAGUCACCGGAAAACUUUCUUGAGUUUUCUCCGGCGACCUGCCCGUCAUACGGAUGGCUCCGACCUCCAAUCUCUCUUAGCAGAGAAUUUCCUGAUGAAGAUGCAUCAAUGAUUGCAGGAACGAAACCUAAGGCACCGGUUCAGGCUGAAAAGGACCGGGCAGAUCAGGCAGAAGAAUCAGAUCCAGAAGUUUCCGGUAGUGACAUCGGAGAUUUCGAGUUCCGACUGGAAAAUCCGGUUACGAUGCAACCCGCCGACGAGCUCUUCUCCGACGGAAAACUGGUUCCCCUCCAACUCUCUAUGAUCCGACCAGCGAUGACAUCUACAAUAGCCUCGUUGGAGGUGAGAUCGCUUGAUACGCCGAAAACUCGCCGGAGAAGUGAGAUUUCCUGUGCGGAUCCGUACAUGUUCUCUCCAAAAGCUCCGAGGUGUUCCAGUCGCUGGAAAGAGCUUCUAGGCUUGAAAAAACUCUACUUAAACAGUUGUACCCAGCAAGAUAAUCACAGAACAGCGUCGUCUAAAUCUAUGAAGCUAUUUCUUCAUCGUAGCUCAAAAUCUUUAAACUCAUCUAUAGACUCAUCUCUGAGCCUUCCGUUGUUGAAGGACGCAGAUAGCGAGUGCAUUUCAAUGUUGACUCGUUUGUCACUUUCUUCCUCAUCGUCCGGUCAUGAUCACGAUGACCUUCCAAGGCUUUCGCUCGACUCUGAAAAGCCAAGUUUGAACGUUAACCCAAUCUCCCUCACUCGAAAUACUAAUUCGAAGUCUAACCCCAACAGGGUUCGAAUCGUCAAACCAAGGGCGUUAUCCUCCGAGAAUCCGGUGGGUACAAAGACUGGCCGGAGCCCAAUGCGCCGAGCACCGGAUCCAACGACUCCGGGCCUUGGAGUCUCUCUUGAUAGUCCACGUAUGAACUCUUCGGGGAAGAUUGUCUUUCAUAGCUUAGAGCGUAGCUCAAGCAGUCCAAGCAGCUUUAACGGCGGGGCCAGAUUCAAACACGGGGGAAUGGAGAGGUCAUAUUCUGCUAACGUUCGUGUAACUCCGGUUCUCAACGUUCCGGUUUGUUCACUUAGAGGGUCUUCCAAGUCUGGGGUGUUUGGGUUCCCGUUGUUUUCUUCAACACAAAAGAGGGAAACUGGUGGUAAUAGUGGCUGUAAUGGAGGUGGAAACAAAAGUCAACAAAGUAGCAGCAAGAACCGGACGGAGCGAACCUGAUACGUUCAAUCAAUGAGAGUAUAGCUGGUAAUACUCACCUGUGGCAUUGCUUUACAAUUUUUUGAUUCGGAGUUGUUACUGUAAUGGCUUUUUGUAGUUUUGCUGUGGGCAAUACAAUACCGCUUGACAUCGUUGGUGGGUUUCAUUUCUUACUGCAGAUUUUAGGUUUGUAUGCACAUAAGAGAAAAAAACUAUCUUCAUUCGAUUCUUCUUGUUUUAUUCUUGUUAGCUACUCUAGUUCUAGUUGUUGAAAGCUGAUUUUGUGUAUUUUCUUUCUUUCAUUCUUGUUUAUCUUGUUUAAGCUCAAAGUGUUAUGGAAUCUCUGUUUCUUCUGCAUUUUGAAAGGUUCUUUCCGUUUGAGAUGAGGGUCUAGUUGUACUGUGACG